AUGCCUAACUUCCGUCUCAAACUUCCUUCCCGCAAUUGGAUGAUCUUUCUCACAGUAACCGGCUCUUUCACCGCUGCCCUGGUCUAUGACCGCAAACAGAAGAAGCGCGCACAACAAAAAUGGUGUGACCUGGUAGCGCACCUCUCAAAGGAGUCUCUCCCAGUUGAUCAAACACGGCGGAAACUCACAGUCUUUCUGUCGGCCCCUCCUGGCGAUGGUCUCCGCGUUGCCCGUGAGCACUUUAAAGAAUAUGUCAAGCCCAUACUGGUCGCCGCGGCUUUGGACUACCAGGUGAUCGAAGGACGGCGAGAAGGCGAGAUUCGGGCCGGGCUUGCGGAGCGAAUUCGCAAGUUUAGAAGGAAGUCUGGCGAGCCAAGCACUGUGGUGGAAGAAACUGGCAUUGAAGAGGUCGUUGCGGAUGCCCGGGAGAAGAUCGGAGUGGUAGAGGAACCAGUUCCCAAGGGCGAUCUGAUUAUCGGACGUAAUACCUGGAAAGAGUAUAUCCGAGGUCUCCAUGAGGGCUGGCUUGGACCACUCGACCCUCCCCAGCCGCCUCUUUCGACAGAUGUGCCGUCACCUUCCGAGGGAGCAGAGACCAAUGGCUCUCCAGAUGACACCCCUACCGCAGAGAACUCCGAGAAGAAAGAGGAACCUGAGAAGAAGGAUGAGAAGCCUUCUAAGCCUACCGGCCCGACCCCAGCAUACAUCACUCCUGCCGACUACUCGUCGCAAAGCCUCCCACGAUCUCUCCCACAGUCCUUAGACGGCUCCGUUCCGAUCCAAUUUCCUCACAUUCUGGGAUUCUUGAACACUCCUAUCAGAAUCUACCGAUACUUGAACCAACGCUACCUCGCUGAUAGCGUCGGACGAGAGGUUGCUGGCAUCGUUCUCGCCUCGACCACCCGGCCAUACAGCGACGGUUCAUUCAGCACAGACUCCGAACUUACCCCAGCGGGUAUCGACGGCGCUCCGGCCUCCGACAACCUCUUAGGUGGAAACUACGAACAAAAAACCCUUCUCGAAGAGGAAGAAAAGGACUGGCACAAAUCCGCGCACAAGAAGGACGAGGCGAACCCUGAUAAGGAACGCGAGUGGGUGGACUCUGUCGUUCUGGAUCCCCGCAUCGCAGCCCGGAUGCAGCGCUACGUCCUUUCCCCCGAAGAUGAAGCCCGCUCGCAACGGAUUGCCGAGGGCGCAGAAUACAUCCUUGGUGAGGAACGGCCCACACCGGUUCCUUUCUGGCAGCGCAUGUGGAUCAAAUACGGAUACGGCGAGGACGAGGAAACCCUCAAGAGGAAGCCUAUUAUCGGAAACAUUGACGGAGAGGACGACCAGUGA